AUGAACAUGCUACCAAGCACAGCAACCAGGGUCCAGGAACAGUCUCUACCUUUCAGUGGCCCUGUGUCUGCCGAAGUAUUACCUCACGGCCGUCCAGAAUUUAGCCUGAGCUCCCACCAUAACUCUGGACUCAUGCACGGCCUCCAGAACAGCCAGAAAUCAUCGAAACCCCAGAAGGAGCUGAGUCAUGAAGAGCAGCAGGAGCUCAGGAGAAAGAUCAACAGCAGGGAAAGGAAACGAAUGCAGGACUUGAACAUUGCCAUGGAUGCCCUUAGGGAGGUCAUGGUACCUUACGCCUCUUCUCAUUCCUCAGCCUCCUCUCAGUCCCACCAACCUGGAGCUCCUCCAGGCCGCAGACUAUCCAAAAUCUCAACAUUAGUUCUGGCCAGGAACUACAUUCUCCUGCUGGGUUCCUCUCUGCAGGAGAUGCGGCGACUCCUGGGGGAGGUAAGUGUUGGGGUGGGCAUGAACACGGCACAGGUUCCCCGGCUGAUGCUCGCCGGUGGGUGGCCCCUCAACACUGGACCCAGUCAAGUCUUUGUCACCGAGGAAUCCCUCCUCUCCUCAGCUGACUCUUCUUCCAACUCAUCCCCUCCGUACUCAUCGUCUGCAGCAGCCAAAUAUGCAAUUCUUUCUCCCGGACCCUUGGAGGCCUCACUCGGCCCAAUGCAAUGGAGCGCUGCGGGGGCAACAGGAGGGUCGCUCUGUCCAUGUGGCGUCUGCAGGGUACCCAGAUUCAACCACUCCACUUCAACUACCAGAUUCCAAAAGUGA